AUGAUUUUAACAUUGCCUUUAAUUAAACAGAAAACACUUAUUGUUCCCAAAAACGUAUUUGUAAGAAAAAUUUGUCUAACUACUUACAAAUAUCACACAACCAAUGUGGAAAAUGGAAGUUUUCAUUUGGUUACCAAAAACAUGGUUAUUACCAACAGUUUUACUGAAGAGCAAAAUUACCUUCAUGCAAGUAACUCGAUGAUAGCAGACGUAAUUUUCUCAAGGACUCCAGAUAUAGGAGUUGGUAUGUUUCCAACAAAUUAUCACUAUUUAAACACAAUUGAUCGAGGACAGUUGACUCCAAUGAUAGUCACAUCAAAAGAUACUGUCACAAACACAAUUACGAAAACAAAGCAGUCCUUGGCUCUUCCACAUUCAACCAUAGAUAUUUCACCUAGCACAAACACAUACUUUAGUUACAUAUUAUUAACUACAACCGUAUAUGAUAAUUUUGGAACUCCAACAUAUAUCUCAAGUAAAAAAAAUCUCACUCAAGUAGUUAUUACAGAGCCCCUUCCAGUUACCACUUCCGCUUACAUGAAUACAGAAGUAACUAAAAUUGUUUCGAGCGUGAAACAAUCAAAUAAUUCAUCUACUUUUGCAAUGAGUUAUAACGAAUCUGACUAUCUUAGGAUAUAUUCAACAAAAGCCUUGUUAGAAACACUAACUUUUUGCUCAAGUAUGUAUAAUUCUAAUUUGACCAUUUUAAAGGAAUCAUGUAAAAGGGAUCUAAGAGUUCCCAACCAUCAAUUAAUGCGUCACACUCACUUUAUAAAACAUAUAAUAACGGAUACCGUUAAUAGUUCGCUAUUAGGCUUAAAUAUUUUGCUUUCUUUAAAAUCGAAACUUUUGAUUAAAAAGAGAAAACAUCAACGCCAAAGUAUUGUUACAAUGGUCACAUUGCUGCCAGGUGAAAUUAUUCGAGUAACGGGUGUCUAUAUCUUCCAAACAACACCCAAUUUAAGCAAUUUGGCCACGUCGAAGAAACAGAAUAUAUAUAUAAGUUCAGCAAUGAGUUUACACAGCGCUACGUUAAUAAGUAGUGAGCGAAAACCAACUUUAAGUACUAAGAAAAGUGACUUUUAUGAGAAUUUUAGCAACGUCUUGAAAAAACCAAGCCUCUUUAACAAUACAGAUUUAAUAUUAUUGGAGUCUGAAAAUAGCGAAGUAUAUAUACAAACUAAAAAUAAAUUAAUGCAAUCGCGGCUUAGUUCUGUAACAUCCCAAACCAGUACUAUUGAGAAAAUUGGCUUGGAAAGUUUUCGUCCUGUGCUAAAUGUUGUGGCACACUUAUUAAAAAAACAGUUAAUCAAUUUACAGAAAGAACAGACGUACAACCAAACGUAUAAAAAAGGAUGGCCAAAAUCUAAUAGUGUUCAAAGCCAAACUAUAUCAGCAGUUAUUAAAAAACCAGUAUAUAUACCAUUGGCCCAAAACGAGUAUGAAGAAAUAAAAUUAAAAAGCGAUACUCCAGACAAACUAAAUAUUAAUUCAUUACAUAUAUAUCCACUGAGGAUGGACUUAGUAACGAAAACAAAAAAAAUAACACCUCGCCAAGAGCAUGUAGUAUCGUCAAAGAUAUAUGAAAACGAAUUAAUGAAUAAGGGAAUUCCUAUAAGGCCUGGAGAAGUCAUAACGGCCAGCGCCAAUGUUAUUUUUGGAAUUCCAAAUAUAAAUGUCGGAGUAUUCCACACAUUGUUUAUCAGAAAUACAACCGCAGUAAACAAUCGUCCCUCAAUAUCGCUAAAAUCAUUGUACUUAAAUAAUCCAAUUAAUUCCAAUAUUUUGGAUAAUUAUAAUAAUUCAUACAAUAAAAGAACUUAUAUAGAGUAUGCUAGUAUAUUAAAACCGCCUUCAAUACUAAUAAAUCCUCAAAAACAAGUAAAGAGUGCAACACUUAAUUCCCAAUUUGACCAGAAACCAAUAAUUGAUCCAAUAAUUGACCUUAAUACUGCAUUUUACAACCAUCAUAUCCUAGACAUAUUUCGGAUACCACAAAUAAUGGUUACAAGUCUGCCAGUUUCUGAAAGUUAUUUUGCCAUGUCAAAUACUACUGAAUAUUUCUUUAGUCAAGACGGUCAUCAAAACCCCAUAAAAUCGUCGUUAUCCAAUGUUACGCCCCUAAUCAUAACUACACCGUCAAAUGCUCAACAAAUAAAAUUACAAAAUAAUGUAAUUAGCCAUACUAUUCAAAUGCAUGCCCGUCCACUGACUUUCAAAAAGGAAUCUGAUAGCAUUCCGGGAGCGACAACCGUAAAAUUAUAUACCGAUACUUUUUUUAUGCCACAUAUAAAAAUACCUCUAAGCGACGAAAAAAUUAAUGUUCAUAUAACAUCCAAUAGCAACAAUAAGUUAGACCCCGAUAAAUAUAACAAAGUUAAAUUUCAAGGAAUUUCCAUUGAAAAUAUGAAGAAACCAAAUAAAAUAACCACAUAUGCCCCCGUUUUUCAAAAUAAUUUUCCUUCCCAACCAACUGCUGGACUGGAUAGCAUGCAUAAUGGUAAACAAACAAGAUAUAAAAAUGGAGCUCCUAAUCAAAAAGUGAAACCUUUUUCAAAGCCAGAUCAAACAGCAGAGUACUCAAACGAAUCAUCCCGUGUUUUGAAGUUUAAAAUCACUAAGAAAAAUAAUAUUUUCGGCAACGCUGCAUCGAACAAAAGGUUCUCAGUGAUAACCACAAAUUCGGUGUCUCCUACCAAAAAGUAUUGCUCUGAAAUUUUGUGUGAGCUAUUUCUUGCAAUAAAUGCAAAUUCACAUAUUAAACACUUUACAAGACAUGCAUCUGAUUCUGAAAACAUUACAAUUGUUCUGAGAACAACAAACUUCAGCGCUAACUGCUCAUCUGUGUCUAGUAAAUAUAUUCAUUUUUCAAGCUCACUACCUAUUUUGAAGGUCCCUUAUUCAAAAUCAACAGUAUCUAUAAAGACAAGUUCUCGCGUGUUAACGUCGAUAAAUGAUAUCAAUCUGCAAACAUCAAACUUGGAACUUCCAAAUAGUUUUCUAUACAAUUUAGGUUCAUUGAACACAAUACAAGAGCCGCAUUUUGAACCUGGUCAAGAUUUGCGUAGUGCGACCUUGGGUAUCAUAUGCAAUAUUAAAGACUGCAAAAAUAGUUGGAUACAAAAACUAAAGAACGAUGAUAAAAUGCUUGAACCAUCUGAAAUGAUGCAGGAUGAUUCUUUUUCACAAAAAAGUUCGAUCACAGAAAGAACAACGAACUCUUUUAAUACGUUGCAAAUCACCAAAACUGAAAGUAUUGAUGCUGAAAAAUAUAUACCUCUUGGGCAUUUUGUUGUGAAUACUUCGAAAACAUAUUUAAUGAAACCUAUAUACAUUAGUGUUCAGAAAGUACUUAUAUCUCAAGGCAGUCCCGAUGCUAGUAUUCUGAAUGGGUCAGACUAUAACAGGGAGCCAUAUAACGUAAAGUAUGAUCUCAGAUACUCUGGGACUGCAGAUAAUUUUGAAAUGGAAAAUGGCUCAGAGAGGGGGCACACCGAUUUUAUAAACAAAUCGAGCUCGGUAAUCUCUAACUCAAACCCAGAUCAGAUAAGUUAUGCCCCCAGCGACUUAAGAAGUAUGCCCUUUAGAGCAGAUCUAAUAGAUUCUCUGUCACAGAGAAUCGAUGUAAUAAAACAAAAAUCUGAUACUGCUUGCCAUUCAAAAUGCAGAUUAAAUAAAAAUGAAAUAUGCGUAACCUAUGGAAAUAGUACCGAAACUUUAGGUAUUUGUGAGUGUCGACCUGGUUUUGGACGUAUGUUUCUGGAUCACCCUUGCAAACCUACUUAUACGUAUGAAAUGAGAAUUCAUGCCAACUGGGCGGAAAGUCACUUAUUAAAAUUCAGCAAUAAAAGAAAAAGUAAUUCUUCAAUCGAAUAUCGAAAUAUUAGUAAAAUAUUGUUGGAAGCCGCCGAUCGCAUGGUAAUGCAAUCUGAUUAUAGAGAUAUAUUUCACGGUGUGCAACUACUAACAGCUUUGACUCAAACCAAGAACACGUUAUUGAUCACCUACCUCCUUCAGUUAUCAGAGAAUAGCAAUGAGGAUCAACUUACAACUGUAUUUAAAAAAUAUUUACGGCAAAGCAACUUUAGUAUUGGAGGCACGGGACUGUACACCUCAAGAAAAGGGCUCCAAUUCCUUACAUUCAAGGACUUUGAUGAAUGUCGCAACAAAAAUUUUUAUGACUGUUCCCCAAAUGCGCAAUGUUUUAACUUAAUUGGAAGUUACACUUGCAGUUGCAAGGAGGGUUACAUAGAUAUCUUAGAAAACAGCUUACACCCCGGUCGCUAUUGCCUAGAUAAUAUAAUCGGUUGCGAUAAAUGUAACUAUAACGGCAAAUGCGUCAAUGAUCCGGUUAAAAAGAGCCAUCAAGGAAUAGCGGUAUGCAAGUGCAAUGCUUGGUAUACCGGAACGAAGUGCCAAAUUAACUUGAAAAUAAUAAUACUAUUUAUUGUUACAAGUGGCGCAAUAUUGUCUUCUUUGGUUAUGUUCCUCUUUUUGCUAAUAAUCACCAAGCGCAAAAAACAAGUCGAUAGGAAAACAAGCCAAUUAUGGAUUGCAGCUUCCUCACUAAAUCCAAGUAUAACAACCUCAAUCAAAAUUGGUCGACCAUCAGUCCGUAAAAAGGAAAAUAUUGGCGAAAUAUGUAAAAACAUGACAUUAAUGUCUAAUAAGAAAUAUAAUGGAGUGAAGAAUCAUUUCAUGAAUACAGCAACACAUACAAAAACAAGUAUGAUUCAAACUUACACGAACACGAUAGCUUCUAGAAAAGUACACGGUUUAAAUAUCACACGUGCAUUUACACAGCAUGACUUUCUACAUGGUAGUACCGACCGAAGCCCACAACAAAAAGACCAAAAUAACCGUUCUCUUACUCUAAGGAUUCCACGAGCAAAAUUUAGCUUUCCCGAUAUUUCUCAAAAUUCUUGUUUAAGUCAUCAUGGUAAAAGAUCAAGUAUGGAUAGUACAAGGCAAGGAGUUGUGCAUAAAGAUGACGAUCGUAUGACUGCCUAUCGAUCCUUAGCCCCAAACUCCAAAGCUGCACUAGUAUCUGCUGGAUAUGAGGUAUCUGCCCUGAAUACAGAUAAAAUAGGAUUUGGAACUUCAACAUUAGAUGAAAAUAUUUCCUUUAAUGAGGCUUAUUCCAACAGCCCAAGCGCAUUCAAUGAGGUCUCCAACACAAUGACUGAAAGAGAUUUGGGUUCAACAUUCUUGCUACCACAUACACAUCUUUAUAAGUCCGACAAGAUACCAUAUGGUUUUUCUAGAUCGAGUUCUUCAUAACUUUUAAAAUGGUAAUGAUUUCAAUAUUUUAUGGGUAUAACAGGUUGGAAAAAAAGCAAACAAUAAUGUCCCUGAGAAGAAAGGACAAAUUGGACAGGCCUAAGAUAUUGGUACUCUAAUCUAAUCUGAUGUGUCUAUCAAGUGAAGCUGAUCAAUAUAAAAGGAGGCAAAAAUAAUUAUGUAUUUUUUUCACAUAAUGUAUUAUUAUU